AUGGCACGACGAAUAAUGAACGGAACUCCGAUCGGGAUGAGGGGUCCGAUAAAGAAGUCGGGAGCGGGCGAUGGGACGGGCGAAGGAGGGGGUGGGCGUGGUCCCGGUUGGGAAGAUGACCCGGACAAGGAAGAUGACCCGGAUAAGGACCCAGGCUCGGGGGACGACGAAAACAAGGAGAAGGAGGACAUGUGGGAGCCGGGUGAUUCUGAUGGAGUAGUCGCAGUCGGUCGGGAAUUCGACGUUGAUGCUGCAACGCCAAGGGAGACCUGGGACAAGGUGUUCGACAUAUGCCUCUGGGGCCUGGAGAGUGCAGGGCAUGAGACGCUCAAGUCCAAAAGGCGUGUCGCGCUGAGACGGAUAAAUCGAGACGUCUACUGUGAGAUAUUAUGCAAGCACAACGGGUCGCCGCGCUUCAAGGAGUACGUUCCCACGGCAGGGAAGAAGAAUCGGGAGCGUAGGUCCCAAAGAGUGGGGUGCCCGUUCAAGGUGGGCAUAUACUGGAGGUCGGGAACCCUAACACCCGCGGUGACCCAGGCCGACUUGAGGCACAACCACGACCCCCGAGGUGCCGUGUCGAAGGCACAGGAGAAAGUACUCCCGCUCUCGUUCAUUGAUGACAGAAUGGACGACAUUCGCAAGUGGACCGCGGCAAACCUCGGCGCACAAGAAAUCUUCAAGCUGCUACAUGCUGACGGUGAAAACCGCCUCUUAUGUCGCCAGGGCAAGAAGAAGGUGUGGAACUUCAUGGCAAAGGUGCAAGAAGAACUGUACUGCUCUCCGGAGGACGCGGCAAACUUCCUCGCUACCCUCCGGAGCGACCCCGGGAUGUACGUCGCCAACACAUUUGACGACCCCGGGAGGCUGGUUAACGUGUUCUGGGCCACCGCCGACCAGCAGGAGAGGGCGGCGAGAUUUGGGGGGUGCAUCCAGAUGGACACCACCGUCUUCGCGAACAGGUACGGAUGCCCGGUCCUUCUGUUCGUGGGUGUUGAUGACGAGAACCGUAGCUGCAUACUGGGCCAGGGUCUCCUACGCUCGGAAUGCGCAGAGACGUUCGAGUGGUUCCUCACUCAAUACGAGAGCGCCGCUGGUGGAUGGGAACGGCGGCCGAAGGUCAUCCUCACGGACGCCGAUGUCGCCAUGACCUCGGCCGUACCUUCUGUCUGGAAGGGUACGCAACACCUCUUCUGCCUGUGGCACGUCAACAAGAACCUUGUCAAGAAGUGUGCCGGCGCCCUGUCCGACCACGACCGAACGCGGAUGCUUCGUUCCUUCCGCAGCGCAGCUUAUGCAGUUAAUGCCGAGGUGAGGUUCGAGGCCUCGUCGCCUGCGCCAGGGACGCUUUUCCGCUCAAAACUCUCCGACUGCUUAGGCAGCUAUUUGAUCCAAACAUGGCCAAACAUGGCCUUGCCUGUUGCAACCCGCCACCGUUGCGCGUAUUUCCAGGCCUUCGCAUCCAGCAGGGGUCAGAUGGAGCAGAUUUCUACGGGAACGAAGUGCGAGGAAUACGUCGACAACCUAUUCAAGAACAAGUCGAAGUGGGCGUUCUACUGCCGGACGACGACUCUCGCCCUAGGCAUGGCUGCUACCCAACGCGUGGAGGGCUUGUUCUCUGUGGCGAAACGUAUGGGAGUUAUCAAGCAGUUGUCCCUCUGCGCUCUUUGGGGCGACGUCCGACGCGAGCUCGGGGGAUCGCAGUCGUACGACGUGGAGCGCAUCGUCGACCGCCAACCCGCCCAAGACCCCGUCAAGGUGGGGCAAAUUUCCGACCUUCGAGAGCGCCUCAACCUCUUGCAACCUCCGCCACCCACCACGGACCUCGACGAAGGAUGCGAGAAUGGCCGUGAGGGAGGAUCCCUCGUCGACACCAGCAUGUNCAACCUCUUGCAACCGCCGCCACCCGCCACGGACCUCGACGAAGGAUGCGAGAAUGGCCGUGAGGGAGGAUCCCUCGUCGACACCAGCAUGUGGGCGCGCACCUCUCUGGAGGAUUUCUUGUCCCUGACCCAAGAUGUUCCUACCUCUGCGAUCUUCGCCGUGCGGUACAAGCUUACCCCCAAUCGGCCGAGCCACCUGAUGGUUUUCGGCCCCGGGGACUUUCACUUGUGCUCAUGCUUACGGCUCCUGCAGCACGGCCUACCGUGCAGACACUACUUCGCAGUUCUUCUUAGCUUCAUCGGCGAUAAGUACUUGCCUGGGUCUGGCCACACCUUCAACGCCGCGUGUGUGCACAACCGCUGGAGACAGGCGCCCGACGUGGACGACGAACCUUGGAGCGUCUCACUCGUGUUGGGAUCAGCAGGGCACGGCGGCGGCUGGGACGGGCUUCACGACAACGACGAUGACGUCGCCCCUACCUAUGACAACAAUGGCGACAUGGAUGGCGCGCUUCCCCAGGAUGCGAGAAAGGUGGCCGAUCAGCGCCGAGCGUUUGCCACCAUGAUGGCAAAGAGUAAGGAAAAUGUCAGCGAGAUAUUGAGGCCGGUCAACACCGCCGAGGCCCUAGAGAUCCAGAGAGCGGUCGACGAGUGUGUUAAGUUCCAACUGACUAAGAGGCUAGGCAUGCUCGACGGUACUGCAAUAGGUCCCGGCAAUCCAGAGAUGGCCCCUAAGAAUGGGAGGCCGAAGGGUUCAACAAAGCAGGCUACCGGUACCAUCGGCCAAAGUAAGGCUAGAAGCAGAAACCCUGAGGGACAGAUGGGCACAACUCUUGAAAAGACAAGGCUCAGGGAUUCGUACGGGCCUAGGUCUGGACGUGGGAGGAGAGCGAGCGGGGAUGGACAAUCGGCGAACGGAAACGCCUCGUAG